AUACUGAUUAGUGAUCAGCAGACUUCUGGAUUGUAUCGAGUCAUAGUUUUACCUUGUUAUUUGUCCACUUUUUAUUAAAAUUUACUAUUUUUCCGAUUCCAACUCAAGUACCGUGUUUACAACUUAUUUUUAAAUGUGUGAUUUUUAAGAAUAGCCAAUAUGCCUCUGGCAAAUGCAACAGAUCCUUGGCGAAUGCAAAAUGUUGGUGAUAUCUCGAGAGGAAUUGCUACACAAGCUGCAAACAGUCUUCCAAUGGUUGUUGAGAAUUCGGAAUCACGCCAAACCUCAACGACUGAAAGUAUCGAGUCUACAUCUGUUAGUGAUAUUAGUUUUGAAAGGGAAGUAGAGAUUCAGGAUGUAGUAAAAGAAGGCCAUGAAAAAGCUGAUCCUUCACAAUUUGAGCUGCUCAAAGUGCUUGGUGAAGGUUCCUUUGGAAAAGUAUUCUUAGUCAGGAAAGUUAGUGGUCCUGAUGCAGGCACUCUUUAUGCUAUGAAGGUACUUAAAAAAGCAACAUUAAAAGUAAGGGAUCGCGAACGAACUAAAAUGGAAAGGAACAUUUUAGUUGAGAUGGGUCAUCCCUUUAUUGUUAAAUUGCAUUAUGCAUUUCAAACAGCUGGAAAACUCUACUUAAUACUAGACUUUUUACGAGGGGGCGAUUUAUUUUCAAGACUUAGCAAAGAGGUAAUGUUCACGGAAGAGGAUGUGAAAUUCUAUUUAGCAGAGUUAGCCUUAGCCUUAGAACAUGUGCACAAACUUGGUAUCAUAUAUAGGGAUCUGAAGCCAGAAAAUAUAUUGUUGGAUGCUGACGGUCACAUUGCACUCACUGAUUUUGGUUUGUCAAAGUUACCACCCACUAGUGACAAAGCUUAUAGCUUUUGUGGCACAGUUGAGUAUAUGGCACCUGAGGUAGUUAACAGGAAAGGACACACAUUUGCUGCUGAUUGGUGGUCUUUUGGAGUACUCAUGUUUGAAAUGUUAACUGGAAACCUACCAUUCCAUGGAGCCACAAGACAUGAAACUAUGACACAGAUACUGAAAGCCAAACUUGGUAUGCCUGCUAACCUUAGUGAAGAAGCUCAAUCUUUGCUGCGAGCCUUGUUCAAACGGAACCCACAAAAUAGAUUAGGCGCUGGAGGAAAUGGUAUUGAAGACAUAAAGAAACAUGAAUUCUUCACCAGUAUCAAUUGGGAUGGUCUCCUAAAAAAGGAAGUUGUUCCGCCGUUCCGACCGGCAGUCUCAAGAGCUGACGAUGCGUUCUACUUCGACUCGGAGUUCACGUGUCGCACGCCGAGGGACUCGCCCGGUGUUCCCGCGUCUGCGAAUGCACACGAAUUAUUUAGGGGAUUUAGUUUUGUCGCGCCUUGCCUUCUGAACGAUGAAAGUAAUAAAACAAUCACAAAUCAGAAUCAAAACCAAAAUCAGAAUCAUGUCGCUCAAACUAAAACAUCCACAGAAGAGUUUUGGGCUGGUUUUGUAAAUAGAAACAAUUUCUUUGAUGAGUACAGAUUAAUGGGUGAACUAGGCACUGGCUCAUUUUCUGUGGUGCGGCUAUGUGAACAUAAAUCAUCUAAAACUCAGUAUGCUGUUAAAAUAAUGGACAAGUUGCAGUAUGAUCCACGAGAGGAGAUUGAAAUACUAUUGAGGUACAGCCAACAUCCUCACAUAAUCAGCUUGCGCGGUGUGUACGAGGAGGGCAGUCGCAUACUGGCAGUGACGGAGUUGUGUCGCGGCGGGGAGCUACUCGAGCACAUCACACAGAAGCGCUGUCUGCGUGAAAGCGAGGCCGCACCCAUACUACGAAACGUACUACACGCGGUUCACUAUCUUCAUUCGCACACCGUCGUACACAGAGACAUCAAACCAUCUAAUAUUCUGUUUGCCACUCCAGAGAAGCGCCCAGAAGACAUUCGUCUGGUAGACUUUGGUUUAGCCAAACAGUUGCGCGCAGACAAUGGAUUGCUAAUGACACCAUGUUAUACGGCAAACUUUGUAGCGCCCGAGGUGUUAAAGCGGGCCGGGUAUGAUGCUGCUUGUGAUAUUUGGAGUUUAGGUGUUCUGGCCUACAUCAUGCUAUCGGGAAGGACACCAUUUGCUACAACGGGCGAUGACACCCCUGAAGCGAUUCUCGCGAGGAUAGAGUCCGGCAAGGUGGAAGUGUCGUCGGGUCCGUGGCGCUACGUGUCGUCCGAGGCCCGCAGCUGCCUCCGCCGCAUGCUCCAGCUGGAGCCGUCGCUCCGUCCGCGGGCCGCCGAGCUCAUCCGAGAGCCGUGGCUGCACGCCCGCGACCCCCGCGACCCCCGCGACCCCCGCGACCCUCGCCCGCCGACCGUGAGCCCUGUGGCGGACGCGCCCGCUCCCGCAGACUUGCGGCGCGCUGUCGACCUCACCUUUCAGGCAAUGACUUCAGCUCCACUUACUCCCCACAUAUUGGGUCCAGUAACUCAGUCAACGCUAGCUCAGAGAAGAAUCAAACCCCAAAGAAGAUUCCCACCGACUCAGUUAUAAAAUUAUUUAAACAAAAUUAGGCCUUUAUUAUGCUGGUCAGAUCGAACAUUAUUUUUAAGGUAUUUAUUAAAGUUUAGCACUCUUCUUUAUUUUCAGCUGUGAUCGCUAAUUACUAGAAUUAUUUCCAUAUUUAUAAAAAUUGUUUUGCGGUAUUUAGAGUUUAAACUUAUUCUUAACUGCAGUUUCAUGCAGCAUUUAAAAUAAAAAUUUCUAAAAAAUGUAAAACCUUCGUUAAUAUUAAAUAAUUGUUGAAAGCACAGUGUUAAUGUUCUGGCUGUAGGAUGUGAAUCAUCCACACGUUCUAUAUACUCGUUGGUCAAUAAAGAACGGUGUGUGUACUUCUAUUUUAUUAUUAAUUGACCAUAAUAAGUUAAAGACAGAUUGUAUAUUCUGGGACGCUUUUGUAGUUCAUCUUCAUUUACUAAGCUAGUCACUAGCAGAAUAUAUUUAUCGUACAGUUAUCAUUAAAGAAUAACGUUGUUGUGCACUAAUACAAAAUGGGUUGCCAGCAAUGUUAUAUGGAGACGGUCUUUGUUAUAUAAUAAUUUUUAUCUACACCCAUGCUUUAAAUCCUCUAUAAAAGAUUCUAAAAUAGUUUAUUGCCAACAUCAAAACAGCCAAUGUCCUUAAUAAAUAUAACAUCAUCCAAACGAGUGUUGUAAUGAAAUUCAGUACAACAUUACAACACUUGUUUGCAUGAUGCAAUGGUUACUAGGACUGGCUUAUAGAGCUUAUGGAGGAUUCAUAUUAUGGGUGUAGAUAAAGUCUUGUAUGCAACUGUUGAUGAUUUGGUAUUUAAACACUCAUGUGAUACUAUUAUCACGUGUGAUAAACCCACAUUCGUGUUUUAAUACCCCUUAUUAUACAACAGUUGCAUAAAUAACUAUUACUUGAUCAAUUCUAGUUUUGUAAUGAAAAUGGUUACGAAUCAUUAAUCAGUAUAAUUUUAGCUUUAUUACCGUGAUAGUUAUAAUUAUAAGAGAUUAUAUUAACAGCAUGUAUUUUAUAUACACAUUUAAUAUUAUAGUUUUACAUUAAUAUUAUUUGAAAGUGUUAAGAUAUUGACAAUCGGGACAUUCCAAGUCGCGUUUUUAUUCAUAGUUUGUAUUGGCUUGGUCGGAGAGGGAAUUAUGUCAAUAUUGUCUUCCUUCAAAUUAUAUGUUUGAAAUAAGCAUAUAUACUACUUACUAUAUUUUUAUAACAGUCGCUCCAAACCCACCUUCUAUCAAAUACUUUAUUCAAUUAGUUUCCCUUAUUGAACUCACUUUUAAACAAUUUUACAAUGCUUGUUUACUUGCAUAUUCCAUAAAUUUUAUUAUAUGAAUAAGACUAGUUAAGUGGUGUUUAACUUAAUAUUUUUGCUAUUAUUAAUUAUAAUGCUUCAGUAUUUGUUUCAAUAAUGUAUAAUAAUACUCAGCAAUUCGCCAGCGAGUAUCUGGGAGCAAAACUAGUGACAUUCAGUUUUUUAAUGUAUGUCGUUCAACUGAACAUUGUAACUCAAAUUGGAACUAGGUACAUAUUACAAGCUUUAUUAUUGAUAAGAAUUAUUAUUGAACAUAAUAAUAGAUUAAGAAAGAAAAUUAUGAUGGCCUAAAGGAGUAUUGGGGUACCUUAUAUAACGAUCACAAUCAAGCAAUAUAUUGUAUCUAUUAUCACUUUAGUUAUUUUCAUAGUAUUAUGUCCUAUGGUAUAUUGUUAUGGGGCAGUGCGGCCGAUAUUAAUACUAUCUUUGUACUGCAGAAGAGGGCUAUUCGCGCGAUUUAUAACCUAGGUCCUAAAGAAUCAUUAAGAGAAAAAUUUAAAGAAAUAAACAUUUUGACUGUUGCUAUUCAAUACAUUUUUGAUAAUGUUUUGUAUGUUCAUAAGCAUAUUGAGGAAUUUUCUAGAAACUGUGACAUUCAUAAUGUUAACACGAGGAACAAACAUAAACUUGUUAUGCCUACUACUCGGUUGGGUCGAGUUAGUAAGUCUUUUGUUGGGCGAUGUAUAUGCUUCUACAAUAUGAUCCCAGAAAAUGUACAAAACAAAUGUGUUUCGAAAUUUAAAAGAAUUGUUAAAAAACGUUUGUGUGGGAAAGGUUAUUAUAGCAUAACGAUUUUCUUAAUGACACCACGGACUGGGAUUAAAGCGAACACCCUCAGGCUCUUUAAUUAUUAAUGUUUAUUGUACGAUAUUACAUUGUAAUCCAUAUUUUAUAUAAAAAAAAAGCCCGCUGAGUUUCUUGCGCCCAUUCUUCUCAGGUCUGAGGCAGUCUCUUUUGAAUGGGUGGUAGAUUUUGACGUUCAAUAAGUGAUUAUAAAUCCUAUUUUGAAUAAAAAUAUUUGAAUUUGAAUAUCAAGCUUAGAUAAUUUAUGCGUCUAGAUCAUAGUUUCUCAACCUUAUUUUGUUCACCGCCCACUUUGAGAAUAUGUUUUUUUCUAGAGUAUUUUCGUGUAUUUUUUUGCCUUUUUAGACUAUAUUUUUUAAUAUACCCACGCCCCAUCUGCGCCAUCUCAAUGCCCCCUAAUUUUCUCUGGGUCUUCUACUGCCCCCCCGAAAGUCUCAAACGCCCACAAGGGGGCGUUAUCGCCCACGUUGAGAACCUAUGGUCUAGAUAGAGUCUGUAAACAACCGUUGAAAACAGGCCAGGUUUAAAUCUUUAGUGUGCGUGACAAGCCGCGUCUUACACUUGCGAUUUGUAUGACACUUUGUGAUAGUGUGCGUGCAUUGCUCAAAACAGAGGCUAAAUAUUUUUUGACGUUUUCACAGCUGUCAUAGUCUAUCUAGACGUAUAAAUGAUCGAAGGAUACAUCUACGUCUUGCAUAUUAUAUGGUUAAUAAAUAAACAUAAAUACUGACAGCACUUAAGUAUUAUCGGCGACCUAUAGGAUGCCACAAUGAUAAAAAGAAUAUUUUAACUUUGACUUAUUGUAAUAUGUUUGUUUAAAUCAUCACAUCCGUUAUUGGAUUCGAUCAAUGCAAAUAUUUCGGUACCUUUUUAAUAUAUUUUUUAGGUAAACAUUUAUACAUAUUCUUUCAUUUUUGCGCUAAUAGAGAACAUAAUUUAUAAGUAAUAUUAAGUCAAGUAGGUGUUAUUUUGCGGAAAUCUAAUUAUUUAUUUGUUAUGCAUGCAUGCAACUAUCUGCAAGUGUUGAGUUGAGUUUCCGCAAGUUUUGUUUUUUAUUUAUUUAUCGUUGUACGUCAGCAAAAUAAUUUGUAGUCGUUGAAUGGACACGAGAUCCGUAGAAGAACCAAAGUUACCGAUAUAGCCCAAAUGAUUGCGAAACUGGCAGUGGGCAGGGCACAUAGUUCGACGGACCGAUGGCCGUUGAUGCUCGAAUGGCGACCACGUACAGAAAGACGCAGUGUUGGUAGGCCCCCCACAAGAUGGACCGAUGAUCUGGUCAAGAUUGCCGGAAUAAGUUUUAUGAUGGCAGCGCAGGACCGAUCGUGGAAAUCUUUGGGAAGCCUUUGUCUAGCAUUGGACGUCUUCCGGCUGAUGAUGAUGAUGAAUGGAUACACUAGUCAAGGCGAGACAAGAACGUAGCGCAAACUUGUGACAGGUGCUGACGAACAUCUCAAAGUGAACGGUCGGUACUCUUAUCAGGUCCGAGGAGAUAACAAACCCGAUAUAAUAAAUAAGAAGGAAAACAUAAUAGUCUUUUAGGUAGUAGUAAUUACUAGUUUUAGUCACUGUUGUAAGAGUAGUUAUAACGAAAAUUAAGCCUAAUAAUAUAAAAACACGAAAAUCUGCGUCGCAGCCAUUUUCGAUAACUUCGCCUUUAUUUAUUAUGCGCAAAAGACACUAUGAGAUGCUCGAGAGAUUUUAUUUUAUUUUUGUAAUGCAUUUUAAAUGUGAUGUAAUAAAAAAUAUUUUUACAGACUAAUAAUUAUUGUACUUAUUGUUGCAUUUUAAAUGGAGUUUAAGUACCUACAUCGUAAUAUUUUCCCUUUUUCUGUCAAUUUAAAAAUAUCAUGCUGUCAUUAGAGGAAUGUUGCGGUCCAUAAUUAUAAUAAGAGUAAUUGUGUGGUAAAUAACAUAUAAUAUCAUAUUUAUACUUAAUAUAUUAUAUAACUAAGCGAAAUGGAAUUGAUUGUUAUAUAGUAUUCAUAAAUAUAUUUAAAUCAGGAUAUUUUAUGAAUGUUCAAAACAUUAAGUACCUCCGAUCAUUAAUUUAUAUUAUAAUGUAUUUGUUUAAAUAUUUUAUUAAACCAUGUAAAUUUGUCAUGUUUAAUGAAUUUCAUACAUAAUAUUUUAAUUAUACAUAUACAUUCGCUCUGCACACAUAUUAAAAGAUUGGAUGAUCUCAUCUCAACAAUCAUUGAUUUUUUAAAUUGUUUUAUUAAAUCUGAACGGAAAUAAUAUAAAUAGCAGAUAUUUUGUUCCAUAAUAAUAAAUUUGUAACGUAGAAAAAAUGUUUUGAUAUAUUUAAUGAUUUAAAUAUUGUGUACUAAUAUAAUGGGUAGUAAAAUGUUUAAUAGACUUAUUAAUAAAUAUUUAAUUUAUCUUAUAUCGCUUCUUGUAUUAUAAUAAUAAUAAAAUUGUAAAUUAUUUUCAAUGCUAAAAGACAAUUCAAAUGAUAAAAAAAUCAGUUUGCUUCACACGAGAUACACAAGUAUUUAUGCUAAUUUAAUUAAACAAAAACUUAUGUGUAUGCAGCUUAUGCAAUGUGUUUAUGUUGGAUUCCCAUAACUCUUAAGGUGUAAUAAUAUUGACACACUUUUCACACAAAUUAUCUUGCCCCAAGUUAAGCAUAUAUAGCCUGUGUUAUGGGUUACAAGACAAUGACAUAUUUAAUACAAUAUACUUACUUAAACAAAACAUAUAAACAUACAUAAAUACAUUUAAACAUCCAUGACUCGGAAACAAACAACCAUAUUCAUCAUAUAAAUGAUGCACCUACCGGGAUUCGAACCCGUUAUAAUCGAGACCGUUUAUUAGAAUCGAAUGGUGUAUUAGUUUUUUUUCGUUUCUUAUCUUUCAUACAAAAUAAGAGCUUCAAAUUAUGAAUGAUUAUUGGUUGUAGGUACAACGCUUACACACACAGCGUAAGAUUGGUUUAACUCUAAUGACUAAUCCUACACACAGAUAAGCCUUGUAAGUGUAAGUUUGGCAACGUCGCUAAGAUUAGGAAUUGGCAUACUGGUUACAAACAAAAGACAAUGUACAAAAACAUUUAUUAGACCCAUAAUAUGCAUUUUAGAACAAAUGUUUCCUGGACUUUUCUUAUUCUUUUUAUGAAUAGACUAGCUGACCCGGCAAACGUUGUUUUGCCAUAUAAAGUAUAAUUCACGCGAUAGUUUUAUAAGUAAUAAAAAAUUGCCUAUAUUAUAGCCUGUACAUCAUUUUGUUCUAUUGUCAAUAGUUUUUGCAGCGCACGCAAAAAUAGGUUUUCGAUUUUACACCUUGUGUUACAAAAUACCAAUUUUAUUACGGAUCCCUAAAUUUUGAAAAAAACAACAUAGCCUUCCUCGAUAAAUGGACUACCCAACACUGAAAGAAUCAUUCAAAUCGGACCAGUAGUACCAGAGAUUAGCGCGUUCAAACAAACAAACAAACACUGCAGCUUUAUAAUAUUAUAUAGUAUAGAUUAUAACCCUAAGUUAUGGGAAUUCAAUAUUACACGUUGUAUAUUUAAUCAAUUGUAAUAGUUCAAUAUUGCUUCUGAAAUGGAAUAGAUUAAUACUGUAUUAAAAAUUUUGGUGAGAAAUUAUAAUCCUAAACUAUUUAUAAUCAUUCGCCUUUAAUUAAAAAAAUGUAAUUAUUUAAAUAGUAUUCAUUCAUGUUACAUAUCCAAUGAGAACUUGUCAUAGUAACCAUAUCAUGUUUUAAAGCGAAUGAAAAUUGAAUUAAGUGUGUAAGUUUUAUAAGAAUUUCAAGAGAACUACAUUAUCUUAUAAAUAUAUAAUAAAUUACACAUUUAAAAAACAACUUUUCUUUCAUGCUUGACUUUAAAAUUAUAUUAUUAUUCCAUAUUAUUCAGAUACUUACAAACUUUACAUGAGUGUCCAUGAAUACUAUCAGUCUAUUUUAAUAAAUCACAUAAUAUAAUCACAAACAAACAAAUGUACAAAUUGUGGUCUUAUCGCAAAAAACAAACUCUUGCGGUAAAACGGUAUUUGCAUAAUUUAAAGUAAUAUUUAAAUGAAAUAACUAAUUUGUAUAAGUUAAAACCUUAUGUACCUUGAGCUCAAAUUUGGCCAGUUUCUCUUAAAAUAUAUAAUAAUAUAGUAUUUUUACUCCUAGUUAGUCAGUUUAUGCCAAAAUUGAACUAUGAUGUGCAAACCUGUAGAUUAAAAUGAUAAUAUUUUAUUUAGAAUUAAGUAGUAUUAUUCAAAUAGAUUUUUGUGAUGUAGUAGAGUAAUCAAAUGAAAAUCCUGUUACGAGAAAGUAACUUGUUAUAAAUAAUAAUUAUAAAAACUAUUUUCUUACUGAAAUGCAAUGUCCAUUUGUAGAGUUUUCUACGGCACUUAUAAGUAGCAAGUUGUUGAUCACAAGAUUAUCUGAGCACAUUGUGGAAUGUUCCAGACCAGAGUAAAGUACACAUUCAAUUGUAACAGAGUGGUUGAUGUUAUUUUGUCACGUCUAUUUUUCUAUCUUGAAAUAGUAAUUACUUAUUGUACCUAUCUUGUAAGUUGUUAAAGUAGAAAUUCUUAUUGAGAUGUAAUAUAUUACUGUUGAUAUUGCUUA